GUUGCGGUGAACGUUGUGAAAUGGAAUGCAGACGCAUCGUUCGUGCCAACCAAUACGUCGGAGUGGUUUUCUGAUGCUCUGGUGGCGAAGUGGAACACAAUGUUGCCUUGUAAGCCCGUUCCCCCUGGCGAGGCGGGGACCAUCUUUUCGGCAGAUUCCAUGACGCACCAGCUGCACUGUCUUUUUAUGAUGGGAAGAAUAUACUCGACCCUCCGAGAGAACAGGUCCGAGGAAAUCGAUGACGGCCUGCAUACCCACUUUAUGCAUUGUAUCGACUACAUUCGCCAGGCGGCAAUGUGUACGGGCGACGUAGCGCUUGAGCCGCACUCGGCAUCGGAUGGAGCGGACCUUGGGCCGCUCGAUGGAGGAUGGAAUGGAGUUCAUGUGUGCAAAAAUUAUGACGAGGUUGUCGACUAUCUUGCAGCUGGCAUCCGUGACGGAACACGAGUGGUGCUCCCCAUCGAUGACUGA